AUGACGUCCAUCGCAACAGCGCGCCCAUCAUUAACAUCGAAUGAUUCGGCCGUUCUACAAGCUCUAUUCGACGCCGAAUCCUCUCCGUCGUCAGGAGUGACCAUCAACUCCUCUCUCACCUCAUGGCCAACAUCUCUAAACAUCUCCGAAACGGACCUGGCAUCUCUCAAGCAGCGCGAAACAGAUAUCAUCCGCAGGCUGCAAUCAGACAAAUCACCAAGCGAAGACACACUCAAGUCAGCACUCAGCGACUUCGACUCCCUCAUCACAAAACAUCCUACAUACCCCUCCGCCUACACAAACCGUGCACAAACACUCCGCCUGCUAGUCGACCUCAUCUACAACACAACCGAAGCGAAUCCCGCCGACACCGAACUAGCCGACGCCGCACUCUUCGCUCCACAAACCUCCCAGCUCUGCUCUCGUAUCUUCGCUGACCUAGGUCAAGCCAUCACCCUGGCCACGCCCGCCUCUCCUGCUGACGCGGUGUCAACGGCCCAGGCGCGGCUAUUGGCCGACGCUCACACGCAUCGCGGGUACUUGCUUCUCAAAGCGGCGCGCGCAAAGAAGGGGCUUGUUGGUGGUGAUGAGACGGGACCGGAGCGCUUGAGGGAGCUUUCGGCGGAUCAACUUGAGGAAAUGGCUAGUCGGGAUUUCUUCUUUGGGGGGAGAUAUGGGAAUAAGGUUGCGCAGCAGCUGGCUGUGCAGACGAAUCCAUAUGCGAAGAUGUGUGGGGCUAUCGUUAAGGAGGCGAUGAGGAAGGAGAUGGAGGGUGACGAGAAGAAAUGA